CCGCAUGGACUUCUAUUUAUUAAGGAGAGUCGAUGAUCAUGUCCAACUCUCUCCAUGCAGUAAGUAGAUUCAGGCAUUACAUACAGUACACUUGCACUGAUUAAUUUCUUCCAUGGCCUCUUCUUCGUUCUCUUCUUCUGACACCUUUCCAUGGUUCUAUAACGUCUAUGAUGUGUUUUUGAGCUUUAGACGAGGAGAAGAUACUUGUGAUACUUUUAUUGCCCAUCUGGGCCAUGCUUUAGCUAGAAAGGGAAUCAACACCUUCAGAGAUGAGGAUGAAGUUAAAAGGGGUGAUGCGAUUUCACCUACACUUCUCAAAGCCAUAGAAGAAUCAAGGAUUUCCAUCAUUGUACUCUCAAAAAAUUACGCAUCGUCAACAUGUUGCUUAGAUGAGUUAUUAAAGAUUCUUGAGUGUCAAAAAUCAAAACAACAACCAAUUCUACCAGUGUUUUACCAAGUAAAUCCAUCAGAUAUUCAAUAUGAAAGAGGCAAUUUUGGAGAAGCAUUGGCUAAGCAUGCUGAGAAUUUGAAUGUAGACAUGAAGAAGUUGCAGCUGUGGAAGGCAGCCCUACAGAAAGUUGCCAAUUCGACCGGGUUCGUUCUCGAAAAUGGGAAUGAAGAUUCUGAAUGCAUUGAAGCAAUCGUUCAACAAGUCUCAUUAAUAAGUCUCAUGGCUUAUCGUUCAUAUUUAUAUGUUGCCAAGCAUCCUGUUGGACUAAUACAUUGUGAACAAUGGCCAAUACAUCACGUAGAAGAUCCUGUCAAAAAUUUGCGUUUAAUUAGUAUUCGGACAAACGACGUACGAAUGGUAGGGAUCUUUGGAUAUGGAGGAGUUGGUAAGACAACUUUAGCCAAAGCAAUUUAUAAUUCAAUUGCUUUUCAAUUCGAAGCUAGUUGUUUUCUUGAAAAUAUUCGUCUCACUUCGAAUCAAGAGUAUGGUUUGGCUCAAUUGCAAAAAACCCUUCUCUCCAAGAUCUUCGGAGAUGGUAGAAGUUUGAAGGUGGACAAUAUUGAUAUGGGAAUCGAUAUGAUAAAACAUAAUCUUCAUUCUAAAAAAGUUCUUCUAAUUCUUGAUGAGAUUGACCGUGCUACCCAACUAGAAGUGUUGGCAAGACAUCGUGAUUGGUUUGGUAAAGGUAGUAGAAUCAUCAUCACAACAAGAGAUAAAGAGUUUGUGAUUCGUUCGCGAGUUAAUGUCAUAUAUGAGAUGAUCGCAUUUAAUCAUGACGUAGCUGUUCAACUAUUUCCUUGCAAUGCUCUCCAAAGAGAGAUCACAUUUGACGGUUUUAGAAAAUUUGUGGAAUAAAUGAUCAUGAUAGAUAAGGACGAUCCACUAGUUUCCACAGUUGUUUGUUCGGAUUUCUAUAGUAGAAGUGAAAGUGUGUGGAUACAAGCUUUGGAUCAAGACAAGAAAAUCGCUUGCAAUAAUAUUUAUAGCGGAUUUCAAACAAUUUGGGAUAGAUUAAGUGGAAAUGAAAAGAAUAUUUUUCUUGACAUAGCAUGUUUUUUCAUUGGAGAUGUGUUUGAUGAUGUCAUUAAGAUACUAGAUAGCUUUGGUUUUUCCCCAAACGUUUGGAUCCCAAGACUUAUGGAGAAAUGCCUUAUUUACAAGUGCGACGAAAGAUUGCAAAUGCAUGACAGGUUCCGUGAUAUAGGUAGAAAAUUGUUCGACAAGAAUCACCCCAAAAUCCAGGAGCACGCAGCAGAUUAUUCUUUCAUGAAGACGUUCGAGAAGUAUUCGAGACAGAUACGGUAAGUUAGAUUGAAAUCUCUUUUAAUUAAACAUUGUUUCUUUGGCAGAUGUGACAUAUAUGUGUGUGUACAUAUAUGAAUAAUUUAUUUUCUGAUUCUGUUGGCACACUUAUUAUGCAUUGUCUUCCAAUAUAGGGAACAGAUAGAGUUGAAGCAAUCUUGGUAGAUUUGCCUAAAGGCAGUGACAUCAUCCGCUUGAGUCCCAAGGCAAUAAAAAAAAUUACGAGAGGACUCAGAUUCUUUAGAUGCCGCAAUGCACAUUUUUUGGCCUAAAUGUCAUUUGAAAUUUCAAUCACAAUUUCAUGGAUUCGGAUCAUGUAGCGUUGUGGUACUUACCUACAGAACAUAUUACGCAUCAACGAGUUAGCAAAUCCAAAUGGAUGGAAGUCAACUUUCAAAGAGGCAUCGUGUUGAUUAGGAUGAUGACCAUGAUCAUCACGAUAUUGAAUCCAACUUGUAUCCACAACAAAGGAGGCCUCCUUCAACCUUGGACAUCAAACGUUUUCUGGAGACUGAUUAUUAAAUUCGUUUCAAGUGUAUGGAGGAGCUAGCAGUUAUGUCAAGUAGUUAUUUUAUUUUGUAUUUAGCUUGUUCUUCAUAUGAAUGAAAAUAAGAUUAUUUAGCCCGAAGUAUUCUUGAA